UAAUUCAUCUGUCAAAAAAAUGACGACAACAGAGUUAUUGUGAUAUUUGUGAUACGGACGUAGAAAAAACUACGAAUCGCUAUCAAAACACAACUGAAUCAGAGUUGAAAUGAGACGUAAUGCAAGAUAACAGUUGUGUGCUUGAGUAAACCAGAAAAACAUUGACGUGCGGAUUGCAAAAUUUUACGCAAAUGUACGCGAGAUAUAAUUGUAAUUGUUGAUCAUCCUUUGUGUAAAAUUUAACGACCAUGGCAGCAGCCAUCGCGAACGACUCGCCUAAAUACAGGAACAGCUUGAUAUGCUGCAGCCCGAGCGUAGAAGCUACUUCUAGAACCUCAACAUCUUCAACAUCAGGGAACGUUUCCAUUGACGAAGGAUACGACUCGAAUUGCAUACCAAAAUCUAUUGCGAAUAAAAAGUUGAAGAUCCACAGUUCCGCGACUAAGGAAGAGAUAGAAAAAGCUAUAAUACAGUGCAAGGAACUCGUUUUAAAUACGGCACAAUGUUCAGACGAGCGCAAAUGGCUUGUAAGGUACCUUGUAGAAUUAAGAUUACGUUUGGAAGAUAUAAAAGACAAUAAUGGGCAAGCGAGGUUGCGCGUUUCCAUAAAGGGACAUCACUUUGAGCAGCAAACGAAUCCUUCAAACCGUAAGCAGUACUGCGACCACUGUAGCGGAGUCAUUUGGAGUAUAGUGCAAGGGUCCUACAUAUGCAGUGAUUGUGGAUACCUGUGUCAUUAUAAAUGUGUAGAUCACAUAUGCCGAGUAUGUGCUCAUGUUGUUAUGACAGAAAAAGGUAGCUUCGAAAUGAGUAUAUGUCCCGAAAAAGGCUUAGCAGCGCAAGACUACAAGUGCGCAGAGUGCCAAACUGCAUUAACCUUCAAGGACAUGUGGAAUGAACCACGGCUAUGUGACUAUACAGGCUUAUAUUUCUGUGCUACAUGCCACUGGAAUGAUUUAUCUGCAAUACCUGCGCGAGUGAUACAUAAUUGGGAUUGGGAAAAACGGUAUGUCUCUCGAAUAGCAUACCAAAUGCUGAACUUAUCGUGGUCUAGGCCAUAUAUUGAUGUAGAGAAGAUAAACCCCAGGUUAUUCAACUUCAUAGCUGAGUUAGAAUGGGUACACAAGAUGAGGAAAGACUUGGAAUGGAUGCGACGAUACCUCUGUGCUUGUGCAGAAGGCACAAAUUUAUUAUCACCGUUAUUUGUGCAGCUUGGGGAUGUCAACAAGAAGUACAGUAUGAGUCAUUUGCAAGCUAUUAACGAUGGGUCUUUAGAGACACAGCUAACGGAGCUAACGGAAGUGUGUCGGUCACAUAUAACGAGCUGUGAUCUUUGUUCUGGGAAGGGGUACCUCUGUGAGGUAUGUAAGAAUAACGAGGUUUUGUAUCCGUUUGACAGCGGAGCUUUGAUGUGUGAUAAGUGUAAUUCCAUGUAUCAUAGAGGUUGUUGGCUACGGAAAGGGCAGAAGUGUCUUAAGUGUCUUCGGUUAGAGGAACGGAAGAAGACCGUUGACGAAGUGCAAACUGAAAUAACGGACACAUUAGAAUAUGACAUUGACAAGUUUGUGAAUUAAUUUUUUUAUAAGCAACGCAUUGGCUUUAAAAUCGAUGUUUUUUUUAAAGUUUAUUAGAGAAGUUCUGCUUGCAAAUUAGCGACUUGGUCGUGCGUUUUUAACGACUGUUAUUUAUAGUUUUUACAUGGAUGCGUUUGGUUGCAAAUAGUUAUUUUACAAUAACAAAAUUGUAUUAACAUUUGCGUUGUGCUAUUUUAACUUCAAUUACCUUGACAUAAGAUACACAAUAACUACAGUAAAUAACUUUUGCUCUCAACACCUCUCAUAAAUCUUAGUAAAUAGAACUCAAAAUUGACUGAAGACACUGCAAUAUAGAAUUUGUUGAAAAUACCCAAAUGCGCCCAUGUAAAAAAAGAUUUGAGUUUAAAAUAAGUCUUUAUGCUUCCAAAUUGUAUAAAAAAAUUAUAUUUUGCUAUAUAAAAAAAAAAAUUAGAUAGGUAUAAAAAAAUUUGACUCGUCGCAAAUCUGUGAGCAGUUUUUGAGACAGGGUUUCCGAAAAGCAUAUUUUGACAGUAAAAAAAAUUAAUUAGUUGUUAAAAUGCAACAUUCUUGGUUAUGGUAUUUAAAAUUACCAAAGUUCUUUAUUUAGGUAUAAAAAUUCAGAAACCCUGUUUUAAAAAGUAUUAAAAACUAUUUAAAUUAAAAAAAAAUGCUUUAAAAAUACGACAAAGAAUGUAAAUUCGUGCCUGUAUCAUCUGAAAACAUACAUUCAUGUAAAUAAUAAUGAAUUUUUAUAGACAUUAUGUACUGACAGAUAACUAAGCAAUAUUAUUCAAUCAUCUAACAAAUAAAUGCUAUAAAAAAUGUUAAAAAUCUCAUUUUAU